UGAUGGGUCCUGAUGGAAAGAGCUUUCUGAUGGCACAACUGUGAGUGCAACCAGCACAAUAUGUUCAGUGUCGAGGACCUCCUGAUUUCUCAUGGAUAUAAAUUAGCAAAAAAUCCCCCUGUUUCAUAUGAGAACAGAUAUGAUGGAUACCGGCAUGAAAUCGCAGGGAACAGAUCUGCUCAGAGAACACUGAAUGGGUUUGAGGCAGAAGCAAGAGCUGGGGCAUACAGCAAGAAGAAACCUCUGGUGAAAACCAACUCAAGCAGCACUGAAAGCAGCCAUGGGAGCCAAGGGAGGCAAGCAGGUCCUGGUUACCACCAUGACCUUCAGGGUUUGUCCACUUUUCAUACUUCAGAAGGGGGGGUUUAUGACAGACCUCAAUUAGCAUGGUCUCCCCAGCCCAGAACUGAUAAAGAUCUUGCCUACUGGCGAAGACGAGGGCAGGACUUCAGUGUGCUGCUGGGCUACUCCCAGAAAGGCUGCGUGGAAAUGAAAGGCUUGGCUGCAGCCCAAGGGGCACCCCGGCACCCCAAAGAGAGUCAGCUACAGGUGGGGACAGGCACAGGGUAUGUCAGAAUAAGUGGCUUGCAGGAGAGCUGCGAAGUGCCCAGCGACUGCAAAUGGCAAAGUCUGGGAAUAGAAAGCUGGAAUCAGCCAAAACAGGUAGGAAGGCAAAUGUCUGAGGGUGACAGGGAGAAAAUGCUUCAUGAGCUGUAUUCACUGACCCUGGGAGACAACGUACUGAGCACCCACAACAAGGGGAAAUCACAGUCCCUGCCAAGGGUCCUUUCACCAGAGAGUAUGAGGUGUGUGGAAAUACCUGCCCUGACCAACAGCAACAACUCGAUCAGCAUAACUAAAACUCCCUCCUAUCCCCCAAACAGACUGAGUGUGGAACCAGCCAAGCACCAUGAAAUGGGAGGCCAUUUCCUUCCCCUUGUGAAACCCAAGUAUGGGAGACCCCUCAAGCCUCUGUCCUACGAACUGCAGCGGCAGACAAGGGCACCUGCAGAAACUGCGGGUUUCCAGGACCACUACCAGAAAGAUGAACCCAUCCCAUACUUAGCCAAAGUUAAUGAGCCAAGGCAAGAUGUUUGCAUUCAAGACUCUGGUUUGGAGCCCCCUGUCUAUGUACCUCCUCCAUCUUACAAAUCCCCGCCUCACCAAAAUGUGCCCCCACACCCCCUCAACCAAGUGCCUAAGAACAACGCCUAUGCCAGCAGUGACCACCAGGGUCCUGUGGAGCGAGUAGUCCCCUGCAAACAACCAGCUGCAAAUACUUCUGAAGCAGGGGAUGGCCCUUGCAAAGACAACCAUCUUCCUCACGGGAAGCAAAGCCACACAAGGCGCCCCCCUGACUAUCUGCGUUCUGUUCAGUAUAUUCCCUUUGAUGAUCCUCGGAUACGACAUAUUAAGAUUGCACCCCUGGAAGGUCUGCAGGACAGCAGUAAAUACACUGAAAAUGCAUCUAGUCCCAGUUCUGGUGCUUUGAAAGAGAGAGAUCUUGAAGUACAGUACAACAGUGCCUUCUUGGAUGCAUCAAAGUUGUCCAGUUCUGCAAAGGGAGAAAGAACUUCUGACAACUCCACCCACAGCAAGAGAUGGUUGGCACCAUCCACCCGAGAUCAAGAAAAUUGUGCCUUGUCAGACCAAAGAGAUAGUUGUAGCACAGCUAAUCACAGCCCCCAUAAUAAAGCCAGCAAAGAGUACACAAAAGGCAAACUUUUUGUAAGAAAUUCACAUAUGGACAGCACCUGUGAGACUGUUACAAAAGUGAAAAAGUUUGAACCUGGAACUGGGAUGCAGAGCAAAAAGAGUUCAAAGAAAAAAAUGAAUGAAACUAUAUUUUGUUUGGUCUCUAUCCCAGUUAAAUCAGAAUCCAAUCUGCCAGAUACAGAUAGGAACAACAACAUAACCCAGAGCUCUGAUAAGAAUGAGUCUGAUAACAAUGGGGCUUUGCAAGAACAAAGUCUCCUAAGUAUGUCUUCAACAGACUUGGAGUUACAAGCGCUUACAGGAAGCAUGACCAAUAAAAAUGAGUUACAAAAACAAGAGUUGUGGCAACCAGAAGAGUUCAAACAAAUGAAUGACCUCAGAUUUAUUCAGCCUACAAAACACAGAGAGCUCAAAUACUCUGGCUCCUGGCCAGGUGAUCAGUACAAAGACCAGCAGACACAAACCAGUUUUGCUGAAGAACCUAAAAGCCCACAAUUUUUCCAUGGUACAAAGCCUGGGCAACCCAGUAGUAACAAACUGCUGUCUCCGAAGCUUCCAGCAUGUACAGCAUCCACAAUAGGGUCAAAACAGGCAGGGCUGCCUUCUGAUGAGAGAAGUUGCAAGCAGAAUGCUUAUGGCAUGAAGGGUCAGAUGUACCUCAGCCAGUCUAGCAACAGUGCGUUUUCCAGGACUGCCACCUCAGUCCUUCAGGCCCCCUCCCCAAAAGUCCGUCGAAGUCAGACUGUGCCUGCCCAGGAGAGGGAAAAUGGCCUGCUUUCCAAAGGAGAUGUAAUUAAGGGAGAAGCAGGUGCUCCCUGCAACAGUAAAGAGCUGUUUGGGCAGUUCCUGUUGAAGCCUGUAAGUCGCCGUCCCUGGGAUGCAAUAAGUGAGCUAGAAAGUUUUAACAAGGAGCUGCAAGGGCAGGAGGAGAGCACAAGCAGUGAAGAUGAUUUGGAAGGUGCUGAGGCUCCUCUGCAGACAGGUGCCCUUGCACAGAGGAGAGCAUCCAGAAAUGAGAGGUCGAACCAGGAGCCAAAGCACAGCGGGAAAUCAGAAACGGUUGUGCCAGAGGCGCCUGUAUUUAAGUCAGGAAGAGUUAAAAGUAAGUCUGAAAGUUGGAGCGAGGAGAUGGAGCAUGGCAGUGAGAUGGGUUAUAUUGGUUUGCAAGGCUCCUCAAAGCCAGGAGGGAGCAGUGGAGGAGUUGGGCCAGCAGAUGGAAGUCCAAUAACAGAAAUAAGCAUGGGGGAAGCCAAGAGCAGAACCAGCAAGCAGCCAGUGCGUGUGGGCCCUAUCAGGAGAGUUUUCUCCAGUAGUCCAAGCAGCUCAUGUCACAGUAAUCCUUUCAAUAACCCUGUCUUGCAGGAGAUGAGCAAAGACCAAAAUUACCUAGACUUUGUUAAACGGAGCAAAGGUGCAACUCCCACAAAUGAUACCAUGGUAGAGAGAGGCUCAAUAAUACGCUUGUCACUAACAAAGAGGAACCAAGGGCGCUCUGAGCCGGAUUUGAGGUCAGUGGGACUUGAUGUAGCCCCAGGACCUGGUGCUAACAAUUCUGAUCACUCUUCAAAUGCAAAUGCAGUGGAAAUCCCUGUGAAUGAGUCGUUGCAGGCAAGAGCUGCAAGAAUUUUAGGUAUAGAUAUAGCAGUGGAGUCUCUCCUUCAUGAUGACCACGUUGGGCCCCACACAGGCACUUGCCCUGCAAACGGUGUGCAGGACUCUGAGUCAUCAGUGGGGAGCACAGUAAGUGACAAAGAAGGAAAAAAGGAUGGUUCCUAUGAAGGCAGACGGAAGUGUGGCUGGACAGAGAGUGCUCUCUUUGUCAGAGUGGGAGGCCGAUCUUUACACCCUGAUGAACGCCAGACCACUCACCAGGAAGGCAGCGCUAAAACACCGGUAACUGAGCAAGUUCUGGAACAACCUGCGAGUCCCAGCCAAGGUGAGGACCAAAAUUUGGCUUGCAAGUCAGCUGUGUACCAGCAUUCAGAAAAGAGAGUGAGAAGCACGUCAAAAGUGAUAGAGACACUCCAAGGCAAGCUGACUUCUCCACCAAGCCGGACUGCCAUGGAUCGCUUACUGCGGAUGAAGGAAGUUGACUCCGUGUCCCGGAUGAGACGUCUGAGCAUUAAGAGCGCAGACUCGGGAGAGGAGGUGGAUGAGGAGAAACUGUUGAGGGUACAAGAGGACAGAGGAAGCAAACUGGCAAGCUCAGGGGCUGUUUCCAAGCGUGUUAUCUCUCUCAGUGAAAAUGGAUAUUUAGGUGGAAUAGACAAGAAGAAGACUGACAGAGACUUUUCUUUAGAUACGUAUGACCCCACCAAAGUUGAAAAGGUGUGAGAUGAACAAAGAGGACAAUAGAGAGAUUUCAGCUCUACUAAGAAUGUUUCACAGAUCAUUUUUUUGUUGGUUUUUGUUUGUUACUUUGUUCUUUGAUGCUUGGAAAUUGCCUCCGUUUGUGGUGUUCAUGGUGUACUGAUAAUGCCUUUACCACUGCCACUAGGAAUUAGCUAUUCGUAUCUGAAACUGUUGCAGAAACCACAGAAAAAUCUGACUUCUACAUUGGAGCCAUCUGGCUUUGUAGCAUUAAGACUUAAUACCUACUGUUGGCAAAGGGUUUUUAUCUGAACCCUAUUUCAGUCUUCAGUGGGGAUGAUGAAAUGCACGAAGCCAAGCUUUUGAGCUUUCUCUUUGGUGUAAAUGUACAUGUGGGAGAUUAGUGACAUGAUUUUUUGAAAAAGAAUGUGAAUUUAUAAGCUAAACUUCUCAGUAUCUACAGUCUAAAUUUUGUUUAACUUAAGGGAUUUUUUGGCCGUAAAUAGAAAGUGCUGCUGCACUACGUGGGGGAAGGAAUGCGAGAGAACGGUAGCAAAGACUGAUUGUGAAAUUAUUUCUGACUUCCAGAGUUUGAAUUUACUCGGAUUAAUUACUUACUUGCCACCUAGAGAGAAGAAAAGCAAAAACCCCAAAGCUUCUAAAAGAUGAAAGACUUUUGUAAUACAGUGUACAGAACGUGUAAUUAUAGUAGCUGGCAACUAGUGUUUCAAACCAAUGCAAAGUAUACCACUGGCUGUUUUGCACUCAGUAUUACCUAUUUUUGUUUUGCUGUUUAGAAAUUCUUUAUAUGAAAGAGUAGUAGCUGGUUUAAAAUAGCCCAUUUUAACAAAGUAACUAUAUUUCUUGUUACAGAAUACUAUCUAUUUUUCUACGAUGUAAACAAUUGCUAACAAGUGGCAAGUAUAAAGAAGUAUUAUUGUUAUUAUUAUUAUUAUUAUUAUUAUAUUUUAAGAAGACUUAUCCCUCUGACUGAAGGUGCCCCAAGCAGAUUUUAUUUGUAUAUCUUAAUGCACACUCCAUAUUGCCACAAACUCAGUAGUGCUCUCUUAUUUUGUUCUGAAAAGAGCCAUCUAUGUGUGUGUGUAUGUAUGUAUGUACUACAGGGUUAACUUCUAUUUUUCCCCACUAAACGCUUGGAUCAUUCCUCUUGGAGACACUUUCUGAAACACAGCUGAGAACCCCCUGGGCUAGUUCUGCUGCCAUUACAUUCCAGUGACAGUGAUUACCAAAAAUGUGGGCUUGGAUCCCACUGUCCCAUUGUCUCUGAGGUGCUCAGAUAAAAUACCUGGUUUCUUCCUUUUGCUUUGUUCCCUUUUAGAGUUUAUGAGUUUGGAUUAGGCAAGUCUGUAAAAAUAAACAAAACUGGGUUUAAUUCUUCCCUGAAGUCAACUAAUGUUUCUGGGGAGGAGUUGAGGUGUCUUUGUGACAGCAUUUAAAUACAUGGCUUUAAGUAUAUUUUAUCUGCACACACAAAUGCAUGAAUCACGGAGUUUAUAACAAAGCCUAUGCAUUCUGCUUUUUGAUACUGAAUUAGUCUGCACAGUAUCUGUGUCUUUAAAGCCUUUAUGUCCACUCUGGUGUGUUUUUUUGUGAGUACCUGUGUACUAACAUUUUUCUGAUUACUUGUUCAUGUACUUCACCAGUCUGUUCUGGUUCUUAGCAUAAUUUUGUUUUUUAAAUUCUUCUAAUUUCUUGAAAUAUUUUUUUUUUCCUAAGUCUGUAAUUUGGAAAGAUUGACAGGGAAAAACACUCGUCCUGUGUUUUAGCAGCAAGAAUUUCUUGUCUGUAACACAUGAUUCUGUUACAUAUGGACAAUUUAAAGCUUGUUUGAAAAGAAAAUGUGGUGUAUAAUUUAUUUCAUUAACUCUUGUGCAUGCUGUGUAGCAAUACUUGUUGACAAACUGUUCCCACCACUCUUACUAUAUCCACCUUUCUUCAUCACCAUCUAGGACAUCUGGAAGCUAGUAAAAUAGCUACAAAACAUGAUCCCUUCCACCCCCCAACCCCAGCCCCAAUUCUGCCCAUAAAAAUCCUGUUCUUAAAAAAAUUGCUUCAACUCUCAUCACCCCACUUACUAGUAAAGCUGAGUAUGCCUGGCAAUAACUUGGAAGUUUUCAUUUAUCCUCGAUUUCUGGACAACUGUAAAUUGUCCCAUAUAACCAGUCCUGCUACUUUCAGUUCAUGUCUCUGUGAAACAAGAGUUUUCCAUUUUAUUUUCUUCUGAUGGGGAGCAGGUUAAUUGAUUCUGCAACAUGUCUGUUUUAUCAGUCAUGUCAAAUAAUUACUUUUCCAAUGAAAAAAAAAAAAUGAAAAUAACAGAAAAUAACAGGAAAAGAAAAGAAAAGGAAAACGAAAAGGAAAGGAAAGGAAAGGAAAGAAAAGAAAAGAAAAGAAAAGAAAAGAAAAGAAAAGAAAAGAAAAGAAAAGAAAAGAAAAGAAAAGAAAAGAAAAGAAAAGAAAAGAAAAGAAAAGAAAAGAAAAGAAAAGAAAAGAAAAGAAAAGAAAAGAAAAAGAAAAAGAAAAAGAAAAAGAAAAAAGAAAAGAAAAGAAGUAAAGAGAAAAUAAAAGAAAAGGAAGCAUCAAUAUUUCAGGGAAUAUUUUAUUGGCUAAGAAUGAGACAUUAAAACUUAGAAAGCCAGUAAGCUUUGCUUUGCAAUAGUGUGUGACUGACCAGUGGAUGAAAGACCAGAGCUGCUACUGCUUUGAAAAUUGGGUAUUCCUUUAACAACACUGUGUGUUUUAUUUCAUACUGUGAUACAGACAACUAAGAAAUACAUGCAGUACAGUUUUAUAAAUGAUUGAGGUUCAGUGUUUCUACAGUACCUGUGCCAUAAUUGAAUGUCACUAUUGAAAUGGGCUGAAUGGGCUGAAUGGUUCCAUAGCUGCACACCUUUCCAGAAACCUUUGGCCAGCUGCAAACAUGGUCAGCAGAAGGCUCCUUUUACCCCCGAUGUAGUUAAAAACCAGUAAGUCGUGACUUGAAGUGCCUGUCUCAAUGGGUGCAUAAAGCUGUCAUGGCAACAGCUGUCAGUGGAAAUGGCAAUGGCAGGAGCUGAGGGCUGAGAGGUUGCAGAGGAGGAGGAGGAGAUGGCAGGCUGCUUCCAGUGCCUCCUGCAAUGCAGUCGUGUGACAGCAGAGCAGCAGUGCGGAACUGCAUGUAUCUUUAGUCUCAGAAGGAAAAGAAGAGCUAGAACGUCAGAAACCACGUUGUUACAAGCUGCUGUGCAUCCAGCCUGUGCUGCCGCUGUACUGCUGCAGCUGGGGCAGCUGGGGUUGGAUAACAGGUUAUCAAAGUGUUUGGUUGGGAAGAUACUGGUUUCACAAGCAUUCCCAGGAAUUAAUGCAAAAAAAAAACCCGUGCCUGUUUUAUAUAUUUCAAAAAUGUUUAAGGGGAGACUCCUCAGGAGAUGGAUAGUUAAACAGGACCUGCCAUCUCCUUCCAUUUGUUUACCCUGUUGAAAUCCAGAGUGGCUAGUCAUCCUGAGGGGUUGAUGACAGUAACAGCAGCUGGUGGCAGUGCUAAGGCGCCAGGAAGACACGCAACCAACCCAAAGUUUCAGGCUCUUAUCUUCUGUCUGGGAACGCAGAGUCAUACACGGAAUCGUCCCAGUCCAGGUUUACUCGCCCGUGCGGACCCAGAAUGGGGAGUCCCGCCGCGGCGGCGGAGCGUGCGGGGUGCAGGGUGCGAGUGCGGGUGCGGGUAAGACUGGGUGCUUCGGAGGGGAAAGCGCUCCCUCCUGCGGCCUCCGCAGCUCCAGCGGGAAGUUGGUGUCCACGAAGAACCGCUGCCUUCGGAGCCCGCUCCAACCUCCUUGCUAGAGGCAUUUCGAGCUGGAGAGAAGCGUGGUCUGAGAAGAGCUCUGAAGUCUGUUUCAAAUCCCUCUGCCAGCGCAGCUGGGGGCAGGCGAAGGGGGAAAAUCCCUUUAGAUGUCUCAGUAUCACUGGUAAUGGGAAUGCCCGGGGAUAUGCCUGACUAAGCAUCCCUUGGCAGCUACAAACUUAAGAAAGCUUCCCCAGGCAUCAGAAGGACUGCUGUAUUCCACACCACAGGUUUACAGCAGGUUGGUCUUUGCUGCAAACAAUUGUAUCACAUAUCGACACCAUCGAGCUUCCUUGACCUGGCUCCUGAUGGUGGGAGCAAACAGUCCAUGUGCUGAAACAUCCAAGCGCUCCUGCAAGAAGGACAGGAUGUGAAUAAAGUGGUAAUGUAACAGCAUCAAGCUGUCACCCCCAGAAAAUAACCAGCUCCAUCAAGCUUAUCCACAUUUGCAUACUGGAAUUUAGUAAAAUAUUUUCAUGUUUAAUAUAAUAAGUCAAUAUUAAUAUCUCGGGUCAACAUUGUUGCCUUUGCAGAUAGACAGGCAGCUGAAUGUUAGUUUUAUAGUCCUCAGCCUUCUAUUUGGGUUAAAAUGUUGAUAUUCUCUUUACUGCCCCUUUUCAAAGGAAAAAUUAGUGCAAUGAUUGGGAGAAGAGUAGAAAUGAAAUGUUCUUGCAUUUUAAAGGGCAGAAGUUCUUGCAAUUACAAAGUGGGCCCCUUUGUUCAGGUUCAAGAUCUGAUAGAGGCAAGUAUAUGUGAGAAGUGAAUCUUCACUUAGCAGAAGCAAUCAGCUCAAAAACAAAAGAAACAAAACAGUGUUAAAAGGAUUGACAGCUUGUCAGCCUUUUGAAUGUUUUCUUUAAAGCUCUCCUUUUGGAGGACAUUGGUAUUUUCUUGGUUGAGGAUCAAACAGUCCCCUAAUUUCUCUCCACUGGCAAUAAGCCAGCCCUAAUUUACUGAAGUGAGAUUUAAUUUCAAGCAGAUUCUACAAAGUUUACAUUUCUAUUCUUCUGCCUAAUCCAAAUAAAGGAUCAAGCUGAAGAUUUCAUGACAUGAUGACUAUAUCAUUAAAUUUAUUAGAAGAGCUGGGAAAUUGUGAUUUAAUUCUUAUUCAAACUUGCAUGAAAAUGUUCACUGCACCUCCCUCUGGGGACUAAAUGAAAGCUGUUUACCAUCAACUCUAUUUUUAAAGAAAAAAAUGCUUCAGACAAGGAAAAAGGGAAAUCCUGGUAUCAAUAGCAAAGCCCAAAACCACAACACUACCUCCCACCCAUGCUGAGAAAUAUGUUUGCAAUAUGGCUUGCAGAGCUGCACAGCAGGGAGAGGGUGAAGGGAACUUAAGUCAGAAUUGACUGACACAUGGCUGAAAUUAGAAAUAAAAAUGAAAUUUCCCAGCCAAGAGAAACCGCAAUAACAUACAGAUUAUAAAAUGAAGGAGGAACUUUCCACCCUCAACAGCAGCAAUCUCAGCCUUCUUUCAAGCUCUGGACCAGCAGAAAAAAAUAAACAGAACCAUUCCAAAAACCAUUCCUAACCUGGAAGGAAAACAAGGAGAUACAUGUGCUAUAUCAGUUUAUCAGAAUCCUUGUGUCUUUGUCCUUAGACAAUGUAGAUAGUUCUCCACACUGACAUGCAAGAUACUGUGGCCUGUCUCCAAAACUAAUACUAUGUCAUUGCUAUGGUUCUCUGCUCUAACUAGCCCAAGGGCAGAUUUUGAGGGAUAAAAAGAGAGGAAAUAGGGGUAAGCAAUUACAACACUUCUUAUAUUAUAUCAAAAUAUGAAUGUGUUUUAACAAUUUUCUUCGUAUUUCCUUCUGCACAAUGCAAAUACUGUUUCUGGGCUUAUGUGUAAAUUGGAGGGAUGCUGUUAUUCAGAUGGAGACAUUCUCCAAAUAAAGAUUUUGCAUGGAUACUCU